AUGGCGUCUCCUAAAAGGGCUAUCGCCAUUCCACAUCCGUUCCACACACCCCAGUCCACCCCUCUUGGGAACGGCGAAAACGUCGCAAGACCAAUUUCUCCUGUUUUUGAACCGGCAAAUGGCAUCUCUGUCUCCAAACAGGGACUACUGGUCAACCAGGCUGCAACUCUGCUUUCUGGCUUGACAUCGAAGUUUUCCAAUAACCGUGUCAAUAACACCAAGCAACACUUGGUUGCGUAUCUGACCGAAAUAAUCAAGCGGGCCAAGUGCUCCAAAAAGAUUGUUUUGUUGUCCACUUUCUAUUUCCACAAGCUCUACGCUUAUAAACUGGACUCUAUCACCAACUUGCCCGAAUUUUCCAGAUGCUCAAAACGCGUGUAUCUGUGCUGUCUUGUUCUGGCCCACAAGUUUUUGAACGACCAGACCUUUUCCAUGGCUUCGUGGCAACGCAUCAGUGGUCUUCCUUGCAAAGACCUGUCUACCAUGGAACGUUGGUGCUUGACUAUCCUCGACUACGAACUAUUCACGACUGAUGCUGAACUCACAAUGUGGUGUGACAAACACAUCUACAAUAGAUUAGUCGAUGCAGAAAAGGUCACCAAUAAAAGGGUGAGAGAUGGGCAAGUCACGGUGUUGCCUUCACCAAUUAAGAGGGCCCGUAGAUCGAUAGAAAUAGUUAGCAAAUAG